UAUAUAAUUCUCACAUACAAGAUUAGGGUUUUGUGUCUCCGUGUUCGCUGCGAAGCCGUCGUCGCUUGCUCUUGCUCGCUUCCCCACUAAGCUCAUCCCCUCUCCUAAUAUGGCCGUCGGAAAGAAUAAGAGGAUUUCCAAGGGGAAGAAGGGAGGCAAGAAGAAGGCGGCCGAUCCAUUUGCGAAGAAGGAUUGGUACGAUAUCAAGGCACCUUCAGUGUUCGCAGUAAAAAAUGUGGGCAAAACCCUUGUUACUCGCACUCAGGGUACCAAGAUUGCUUCUGAAGGGCUCAAACAUAGAGUCUUUGAGGUAUCAAUGGCUGAUCUUCAGGAUGAUGAGGAUCAUGCAUACAGAAAGAUCAGAUUGAGAGCUGAGGAUGUUCAAGGGAAGAAUGUCCUGACCAAUUUCUGGGGAAUGGAUUUUACCACAGACAAGUUGAGGUCUUUGGUAAGGAAAUGGCAGACAAUGAUCGAGGCUCAUGUGGAUGUGAAAACUACUGACAAUUACAGUUUGAGGAUGUUCUGCAUUGGAUUUACUAAGAGGCGGCAAAACCAAGUUAAGAGGACAUGUUAUGCCCAGUCCAGCCAAAUUAGACAGAUCCGUCGUAAGAUGAGGGAGAUCAUGAUCAACCAGGCAUCGUCUUGUGAUCUAAAGGAGUUGGUUCGCAAAUUCAUCCCCGAGUCAAUUGGCAAAGAGAUCGAGAAGGCAACCUCAGGCAUCUAUCCUCUACAAAAUGUGUUUAUUCGAAAAGUCAAGAUCCUGAAGGCUCCAAAAUUUGAUCUUGGAAAAUUGAUGGAGGUUCACGGGGACUAUUCAGAUGAUGUCGGUGUCAAGGUGGAGAGGCCUGCUGAUGAGGCUAUGGUGGAGGUGCCUGCGGAACCAGUCGGAGCAUGAAUGUAGGAUUAUGAAGUUCCUUUUUAACUUUCAAUUUUUUCCUUUUUAGGCAUGAGAAUUGUGAUGCUCAGUUUUCAUCAGAAAUGGUUGUUUUAAGGUUUAUAUGAACGCAGUAAUGUCGAUAAGUAACAAUUUUGUUCUGUUCAAUCAAAGUGGACAUCUUGUUUUAAUGAGAAAUGCUUGUUUUAAGGUUUA